AUGAAACUAACGUGGAACAAGAACCCUAAGAAACGAUCUCGUGGAGUUGUAACGAACUUCCCUGAUCUUCCUUUCGAGAAGGAAUCUCCAGAGACCCAUUCUUCUCAACGCCAAUUUCUCGAAGAUGAUUCUAAGCGUAGACAAUUGGACUCGUCGGAGGUUGGACUCAAUCAUGAGAAAUUUGAUCUCGAAUCGAAGAAUCUCGCAGAAUCCUUUAGAGCUCAAGGAGACAAGCUCGCUGAGGAAGGAAAAUACCAGGAGGCUCUAGGUAAAUGGGAAGCUGCUCUUAAUCUUGUCCCUGAAAAUGCGGUCCUGCAUGAACAGAAAGCACAAGUGUUACUUGAGCUUGGUGAUGCAUGGAAAGCACUCAAGGCUGCAACACGAGCGACUGAGAUAGAUCCAUCGUGGGCUGAGGCGUGGACUACUCUUGGAAGAGCACAACUAAAUUUUGGCGAACCUGAUAGUGCUAUCAGGAGUUUCGAAAGCGCAAUAUCGAUCAAUGCGGAAUCCAGUGAGGCGAAAGACGAUUUACAAACUGCAAAACAACUAAUACAGAAAAGAGAGCAACUUCAGACAUCAGGACAGGACACUGACACUAAACGUUUUGUGGUCAGCGACAAGAACAUAGAGCCAAACUAA